UUUCCGAAAUCGGAGUCCCACGACUGGAGCACUCAACUAUCCUUGAUAAAAUAUUUCAGGUGGUUCGCUCGGCCUCCCCCCAGCGAACCAUUCUUGUGUUAGUAGCCGACAUCACUAUGCCUGCCGUUGAUACACUUGUGUGGAAGAAUCCCAGUGUUUAUUUCAACUUGAAAUAUUCGGUUGAUGGUGAAUUGCGUCAUGAAACACAUAGAAUGCGGGAUGUUGACUAUCAUGGUUCGCUUACAGUGGAAUCCUUUGGAGCUGUUCCUAGUACAAAGCCAAUGCUGGAUUACCACCAGAUCGGGUCUCAUGGUACCGCUGAGUUUGUUGAACUAGACUCGACUCCUCUCCGGAGGUUGUGGCCCUCAGACAUGUACGGGAUAAGUAAAGCUGAUCAAGGUUUGCGUUUGAUCUACAGAUGUGAUUAAUCUGGAGGUUGCUUGGGCUCCAUUUU